AUGCGCUUCACCAGCAGACCCGUCCGCGCGGCAGCAACUCUGCUGCCGCUGGCCGCCGCCUUCGCCUCUGCCCAGAACAGCUCGUCGUCUCUGCCAAUCGUCGACCUGGGCUAUCAAUUGCAGCAGGCUUCUGGAUUCAAUGAAACCGCAGCUUACUACAACUUCUCCAACAUCCGAUAUGCUGCGCCUCCGGUUGCCGACCUGCGCUUCCGCGCUCCCGUCUCACCCGUCACCGACCGCUCCAGCGUGCAGGACGGCUCGGAGCUGAGAAUCUGCCACCAAGCCAAUCCAGCAUGGGCCGCCAUUGCAGCCGAGUGGCUUCCGGGCUACCUGGUUGCCGGCAUCCUGCCGAACGUCUCCGCAACCGGGACAACCGCCACUACCGGCACUGCCAAUAUUACCACCCUACCGGGCGAGACCGAGGACUGCUUGUUUUUGGACGUGGUUGUUCCUGAAAAGAUUUUCGAGCGUGCCGGAAAUGCAUCUGGUGCUCCGGUUAUUGUUUGGAUCCAUGGCGGUGGCUACACUUCGGGCUCCAAAAUCAGCUACGGGGAUCCAGCUGGACUGAUUGCAAGAAGCCAGACCGGCUCUUCCGAUGGCGUUGUCUACGUUUCCAUCAACUAUCGCCUCGGAGCUUUCGGCUGGCUUUCUGGGCCGACGUACCAGAAGGACGCCACUGCGAACCUCGGCCUGUACGAUCAACGCUUCGCCUUGGAGUGGGUCCAGAAGAAUAUCCACCUAUUCGGCGGUGACAAGAACCGCGUCACCGUUGUUGGCGAAUCGGCUGGUGCUGGCUCUAUCAUGCACCAGAUCACCGCUUUUGGUGGUUCCGCCCCAUCGCUCUUCCAGCAAGCCGUUCCGCAGUCCCCCGCCUGGCUACAGCUCAGCUCUCCUUACGAGCAGGAGCAAUCGUUUCAGAAAUAUCUCAAGUUCCUAAACGUCACCAGCCUGGCCGAAGCCCGGGAUCUGACCGAAGAGCAACUCUUCCUCGGCAACGUCGCCCUGAUCGGUACUUCGGUCUACUCCAGCUUCACCGUCGGCCCAUCCGUCGACGGCAGCAUCGUCCCGCAAGACCCCAAAUACCUGCUCAACCACGGCCAAUUCGACAAGUCCGUCCGCAUCUUCUCCGGCCACACCACCAACGAAGGCAUCCUCUUCACCCCGCCCCUCACCAACGAGACCGAAUUCACCGCCUUCCUCAGCGCCGCCCUCCCCAAUGCCAAGCCCGCCGUCAUCUCCUACAUCACCGAGACGCUGUACCCCCCGGUCUACGACGGCAGCUACGGCUACACCGACCUGAUCUCCCGCCUGGCGUUCGCCCUGCAAGAGUCUUCCAUUACCUGCAACGCCAACGCCCUCGACCGCGCCUUCACCGAUCUCGGAAACGACACGUACGCUUACGUCUUUGGUGUCGAUUAUGGUGUGCAUGGCCAGGACAACCCGUACACUUUUUACACCCCGGGCGUGCCUGAUGCUACUGGUGGUCUGGUGUCGCUCGAUUCCGCGAACGAGACAGUCGCAUUCGCCCUGCAGGACUACAUCACUAGCUUCGCGAUCGACGGUGUGCCGGAGAGCGGGGUGCAAGGCGUGCUGGCCGAGGUCCCGGUGUAUGGCGAGGAUGGAAGUGUGGUGAAGCUCACGAGCAGCGGUGUGAGCGUGGCGAAGGAUCCAGCGGCGAACGAGAGGUGCAGGUGGUGGCAACUGGGUUUGUAUAAUUGA